CUCUCUCUCUCUCUCUCACACACACACACACAUUUUUGAGCUUUCCUGAUUAUUCUAUAUAUCCGAUCAAAACGAGAUAUCAAACAGAUCCGAACGGCAAAAAUGUCUUGGGAUGACGGAACGCACGCGAAGGUGAACAGGGUCCAGCUUACGUUUGAUGACGCCAUCAGAUCUAUCGAAGUGGAAUACGAGGGAACCAACUUACAGCCCCAGCGACGUGGCACCAUUGGCACCAACUCAGACGGGUUCACACUGAGCCCGGACGAGUACAUAACGCAUGUGUCUGGUUACUACAAAACGACUGUUGCAGGAGAGUUUAUAACGGCGUUAAUGUUUAAGACGAACAAGAAGACCUAUGGGCCUUAUGGAAACCUAACACGAAACUACUUUUCCACUGACGCACCGACAGGUAACCAAAUCGCCGGAUUUCUAGGAAACACCGGAAUUGCACUCAACUCCAUCAAAGUUCACUUUGCUCCCAUUCCUCCCCCUGGUAGCAUAAAACCAAAACCUGUUGGUCCUGGAACCGGCGACGAUGGAGGUCGUCCAAAACCUGUUGGUCCUGGAACCGGCGUCGAUGGAGGCGGUUCUAAACCUGGUGGCCCUGGAACCGGUGACGCAGGAGGCGGUCAAAAACCUGUUGGCCCUGGAACCAGUGAAGACGGAGGCAAUUAUAAACCUGAUGGCUCCGAAACUGACAAAGACGGAAGCGGUUCUAAACAUGUUGCCCCCGAAAAGAUGGGACCACUUGGUGGUGACAGUGGAAAGGAAUUCAACGAUGUUGGUUUCGAAGGUGUGAAGAAAAUAACAGUGGGAGCCGAUGAAUACAGCGUAACUUACAUCAAGAUCGAAUACGUAAAGGAUGGAAAAGUUGAAGUUCGUGAGCAUGGGAAAGCUCGUGGAGAACUAAAAGAGUUUUCAGUGGAUUAUCCAAAAGAUAAUAUCACGUCCUUUGGUGGAAGCUACAAACAUAUCUACUCCUAUGAUACAACGCUUAUCACAUCGCUGUACUUCACAACCUCUAGAGGAUUUACCUCUCCAUUAUUUGGUGAGACAAAGGGAACAGAGUUCGAGUUCCAAAGUAAAAAUGGAGGAAAGCUUAUAGGACUCCAUGGACGUGUUGGUGAUGCUAUUAAUGCCAUCGGAGCUUACUUCGACACCGGUGAAGGGGGCAGCCCUAUACCUAUUGUCCCCGGAAAGAUGGGACCCCUUGGUGGUGAAAAGGGAAAGGAAUUCAACGAUGUUGGUUUUGAUGGUGUGAAGAAAGUAACAGUGGGAACCGAUGAGUACAGUGUAACUUACAUCAAGAUUGAAUACAUAAAGGACGGGAAAAUCGAAAUCCGUGAGCAUGGGACAAGUCGCGGGGAACUAAAAGAGUUCUCGGUGGAUUAUCCAAAUGAUAACAUUAUGACCGUUGGUGGAAGCUACAACCAUAUUUUCACCUAUGAUACAACACUUAUCACAUCGCUAUACUUCACAACCUCGAAAGGUUUUACCUCUCCCUUAUUCGGUGAGAAAAAGGGAAAAGAUUUCGUGUUCAAAGAUGAAAAUGGAAGAAAGCUUUUAGGGUUCCAUGGACGUGCUGGUUAUUCUAUUGAUGCCAUCGGAGUUUACUUCGACACCGGUUCACAAGGUGGUCAAGGAAGCGAUCCUAGCAAAGGCGGCCCUAAACCUGUUGUCACCGGGAAGAUGGGACCUCUAGGUGGUGACAAGGGAAAUGAAUUCAACGAUGUUGGCUUUGAUGGUGUAAAGAAAAUAACUGUGGGAGCAGAUGAAUUUAGUGUAACUUAUAUCAAGAUCGAAUACGUAAAGGACGGAAAAUCUGAAAUCCGUGAGCACGGGACAAGUCGUGGACAACUAAAGGAGUUUUCGGUGGAUUAUCCCAAUGAUAACAUCACGGCCGUUGGUGGAAGCUAUAAUCAUAUAUUCACAUAUGAUACAACACUGAUCACAUCAUUGUACUUCACAACCUCAAGAGGAUUUACCUCCCCUUUAUUUGGUGAGAUGAAGGGAACAGAAUUCGAGUUCAAAGGUGAAAAUGGAGAAAAGCUUCUUGGAUUCCAUGGACGUGCUGGUCAGUCUAUUGAUGCUAUUGGGGCUUACUUCGACACUGGUUCUAAACCGGGCGGCGACUCAAAAGAAGGAAAAGGAACUGAGAGCGGUUCUAGCACUCAACGACUGGACGUACAAGGAGGAAAGGGAGGCAAUCACUGGGACGACGGGGGGGAUCACGAUGGUGUGACAAAGAUACAUGUUGCAGUUGGUGGAUGGAUUGAGCAAAUCAGGUUCGAGUAUGUCAAGAACGGACAGGCAAAGGAAGGACCCGCCCAUGGUGUGAAGAGGGGCAGAUCUUCCAUUAACACGUUUGAGAUAAGUCAUCCAAACGAGUAUCUUCUUUCCGUGAAGGGUUGGUCAGAUUCAUCCAACAAAAUUGCGGGACUUCAAUUCAAAACCAACACAAAGACUUCAGACUAUUAUGGAUUUGAUAAAUCUCCUGAAGACGAAAGUACAGACAUUUUACUUGAAGUGAAAGGCAAGAAGAUCGUCGGUUUUCAUGGCUUCGCGGACUCUCACGUCAUUUCUCUUGGGGCUUAUUUCGCUCCAGUAGCCAACUGAAAACUUUGUUGGGGUUUGUUUCUUUCUUUCCGUGUGAAUAAAGUUACAUCAGAGUCAAACUUGUGGAUUUGUCAAUUCGAGGUGACUUGAUGAGCUAUGUUUUUUUGUUUCUGUCUUAGUGUGUCGUUGGUGUAGUCACUUGUAUGGUUUGUUUCUUGAUUUUCUUAUGAAUAAAGGAUGUCUCUGUUAUUUUCA